UCUUGCUGCUCCUCAGGUGAGUGGACGCGCAGCUAAAAUAUCUCGGGUCCGAGUCUGAGCUUCAGGCUUCACGUCAGAGCUAAUCAUGGAAAGAAAUCCUUUAACUUUUUUAUGACGUAAUAAAGGUGUCGUUGAGUUAUGAGGUGUCGAGCAGCUUUGUGGCAGGUUUUUCUCUCACUUUGAGUCGCUUUGAGUCUCACCUUGUGCUGCGUUCGCUUCCUGGUUUUCCUGUCUGGAUUUUUUUUUUUCACCAUGCCGGAGCUGAUCACCGUGACAGAGUUUAUCUCAGAGACUAAUGAGGACUACAAAGCUCCAACCACCUCCAGCUUCACCACCCGGAUGUCCCACUGCAGGAACACCGUGUCCGCGCUCGAGGAGGCUCUGGAUGUGGAGCGAUCAGUUCUGCAGAAGAUCAAGAAGUCAGUCAAGUCCAUCAACACGUCUGGUCUGGCUCACGUGGAGAGCGAGGAGCAGUUCAUCCAGUCCAUGGAGAAGUUCGGGGACAACCUGGUGAGCAGAGAGGACGCUGAGGUCGGCUCUGCCUUCCUCAAGUUUGCCAUCUUCACCAAGGAGCUGACGGCACUCUUCAAAAACCUGAUGCAGAACAUGAGCAACAUCAUCACCUUCCCUCUGGACAACCUGCUGAAAGGAGACCUGAAGGGGGUCAAAGGGGAUCUGAAGAAGCCGUUUGACAAAGCCUGGAAGGACUACGAGACCAAGCUAGCAAAGAUUGAAAAGGAGAAGAGGGAGCACGCCAAGCAGCACGGUAUGAUCCGCACCGAGUUCAGCGGGGGAGAGAUCGCUGAGGAGAUGGAGAAGGAACGACGCCUCUUCCAGCUGCAGAUGUGUGAGUAUCUCUUGAAAGUGAAUGAGAUCAAAGUGAAGAAAGGCGUUGAUUUCCUUCAGAACCUCAUCAAAUAUUUCCAUGCUCAGUGCAAUUUUUUCCAGGAUGGCCUGAAAGCUGUGGACAGUCUGAAACCAUCGGUGGAGAAACUGGCUACAGACCUGACCGCGAUAAAACAGAGUCAGGAUGGAGAACGGAAGCAGCUGCUUCAGCUCAGAGACGUCCUGAAGACGUCGCUGCAGUCGGAGAACAAAGAGGAUAUGCAGACCAAACAGAACUCCGGCUACAGCCUCCAUCAGCUGCAGGGCAACAAGGCACACGGCACGGAACGCUCCGGAAUGCUCUACAAGAAAAGUGAGGGGUUGAGGAAGGUGUGGCAGAAGAGGAAGUGCUCCGUGCGGAAUGGCUUCCUGACCAUCAGCCACGGGACGGUGAACCGACCGCCCGCCAAACUCAACCUGCUCACCUGUCAGGUGAAGGGGAAUCCUGAGGAGAAAAAGAACUUCGACCUGUUCUCACACGACAGAACGUAUCACUUUCAAGCUGAGGAUGAAGCUGAGUGCCAGAUCUGGAUGUCAGUGUUGCAGAACAGCAAAGAGGAGGCGUUGAACAAGGCCUUUAAAGGUGACCAGGCUGAAGGCGAGAACAACAUCAUCCAGGAGCUGACAAAAGCCAUCGUGGGAGAAGUAAAGAGGAUGAAUGGCAAUGACAGCUGCUGCGACUGUGGAGCAUCAGGCCCGACGUGGCUCUCGACCAACCUCGGGGUCCUGAUCUGUAUCGAGUGUUCUGGGAUCCACAGGGAGAUGGGCGUCCACUAUUCCCGAAUCCAGAGUCUGGACCUGGAUGUCCUGGGAACCUCUGAGCUGCUGUUGGCCAAAAAUGUGGGAAACGCCAAUUUCAACGAGAUCAUGGAGGCGGAUCUGUUGGUGCAGAAUGUAACCAAACCCAACCCGUCCAGUGACAUGCAGAUAAGGAAGGAUUACAUCAUCGCCAAGUACACGGAAAAGCGCUACGUCCAGCGGCUGUGCGCUGAUGCUGCAUCCAGGCUGCAGGUGCUGUACGAGUCUGUCCGGAACAGAGACAUCCUGUCCCUGAUCCAGGUCUAUGCUGAGGGCGUGGACCUGAUGGAGGCCGUCUCCCAGCCCAAUGAACACGAACCCGGGGAGACGGUGCUCCACCUGGCUGUCCGGAUGGUUGACAGGAACUCCCUCCACAUCGUGGACUUCCUCGCCCAAAACAGUGUGAAUCUGGACAAGCAGACGUCCAGAGGCAGCACGGCGCUGCACUACUGCUGCCUGACGGACAACAGCGAGUGUCUGAAGCUGCUGCUGAGAGGAAAAGCUACAGUGUCCAUCGUGAAUGAAGCUGGAGAAACGCCACUGGACAUCGCUAAGCGUCUUCGCCACAGUCAGUGUGAGGACCUGUUGACUCAGGCUCAGACGGGGAAGUUUAACGUCCACGUCCACGUUGAGUACGAAUGGCGGCUGCAGAACGAGGAUCUGGAUGAGAGCGAGGACGAGUUGGAGGACAAGCCAAGCCCCACGCGCCGUGAGGAGCGUCCAGUCAGCUGCUUCUUGCCGGGCAGCGGCCCCCUGCAGUCCAACCUGGCCGUCCUGGCCCAGGACGCUGCCAGCCUGGCUCGGGGGAAACACAGGCCUCAGGUCCCCAGCAUGAUGAUCAGCAACGAGACCUAUGGCACCAUACUGGACCUGCACCUGCCGCCGCAGGGCCCCACGCCACUGCUCCCGCCCAGAGUGCCGGGCAAAGGAGUAGCACACAACAAACCUGCUGCCAAUGAAACUGCUGGGAGACAGCGUUCGUCUUCUGACCCUCAGAACCCUCACACCCCAGAAAGGAACUCCUCCUUGUACGUGCUUCCACCAGCUCUGCCUCCUCCGCCGCCACCGCUGCCAUUUAGCAAGCGAUCCACGCCGUUGGAGACCAGGAGCCAUUCUGUCAGGAACACGCCCCUCCCUCCUCUUCCUCCCCCACCAGUCGUCAGCCCCCCAACUGUCCCGGCACCUCCACCCCCGAGCACCCCUCCACUCCCACACAGCAGGGUUCCCCCUCUGUCCCCGCCCGUCCCGAGCCACGGGUCCAGUCGACCGCUGGGAUCCAAGUCUCCAAAGUCACACAGUGGGUCAUUGCCGCCGCCACAGAGACCGCCUCUGAGACCGCCUCUGAGAACCGGAUCCUUCGACAGAAGAGGUCCACUGCAGUCCAAAUCUCCCCAGAGCCCAGCUCCUCCCACACCCAAACCCAGAUCCACCUUCUCUAAGCAGAAGCCUCAGCGGGUGAAGGCCAUCUACAACUGUUCAGCGGAUAAUCCAGACGAGCUAACGUUCACCGAGGGCGAGGUGAUUGUGGUGGACGGAGAGGAGGACAGCGAUUGGUGGAUCGGACACAUCGAAGGGGAUCCAAGCAGGCGCGGCGUGUUUCCCAUCACGUUUGUUCACUUCAUCACAGAGUGAUGAAGAGUCACCUGAUCCGCCGCCGCUCUGCUGUCUGAGACAGACGACAGGACACGAGAACUGAACCUCAACCUGUUCUGCUCCAAAAUGGAGCCCAACCAGAAUCCAAAAACACAUCAUUUUUAUUCCUCCAUUGGACUUGAGACCAUCUUCAUCCUCGCACUUUUAUAAACUGUUGUUUAAUUCAAUUUUACAGUUUAAUUUCUCAAUUUAACCAGGUUUAAAAUUUUAUGAACUUAUUUUAUAUUUUAGCUUUCAACACAUACGUCUCCAAAGACCCAAAAUACAUCAGAUUGAAUUUCAUGGAAAUUAGUAGAAAAAAUAUGGAACAGUUCCAUCUGAAAAGGUGUCUUCUCUGAUUUGAAUUUGUCUCAUCGACACACAUGUACUCAAUCUUUCUCACUUUCAUUCCCCUUCUCUCCAGAGCACAUCACCACCUGUCCCAGAUCCUCAAACUGCUCUCUCCACCUUCUCAACACACUCUCUUCCUUGUCAUCACAUUACCGUUACAUUUGUCGCUCUAACCUGCUGCACAUCUUUUCCAGCUCGGUCUCUUUGUCUGUCCAGUCAGUACAAGUCCUUUUCUUCUUCCGUAGUGUAUAACUUUGCAUGCAGCUCGCUGUAGGUCUUUUCCUUGGCCUUUGUCAUAUUUAUUUUCACUGUACACAGCAUCUCCUUGUACUCCUGCCUACUAUCGUCAUAUCCCUGUUAUUUUUUUGUCAUUCUCUUUCUCCUUAUACUUUCCUCUACUUCAAUCCCACCAAGUCUCCUCUUCCUUCCUCUGUCCAGAUGUCACACCCAACACCUACCUAGCCAUCUCCCUCAGUAUUCUUCCCAGUUCCAGAAUCACUUAACCACCAUUCCACGCCACCUUGCCCUCAUGUGACUGUGCUGUUUUAUGGUACAAAUCUAAAUAAAAUGAUUAGUAUUUUUUGGGGGGGUGGGGGGGGGUGUUAUGUUGUGGAGUUCUUUUCAGAGGCUUUUAUUUCGUAUAAAGAAGCGUAAAUUGUUGAUCUCAUAAAGCAAACUUUUGCGUUUUUAUAACAGGUUGUCUGCUGCUUUACUUCAUUUGACAAGUUGUUAAUGUUUUGUUGGUUUUGGGUUAUUUGGACAAAACAAUGAUAUUUGAAGACGUUUUGUUCUAAGUAAACAGUU